CAUGAAUGAGGUAGCAGGAAGUAAACUGUGUUACUAAACCAAAGUAAUAUACACGCACGUACUUUCUCUCGAUCACCUCCCCUCUGUUCAGUGUUCACUUCACUGCACCAACCUUAAGCGGAAAAGAGUCCCGUCUACUGUGCUCGGCUUGUUUACAUUGCUUCCCAUCACAUUUACCCCAUUUCUUCAGAAGUCAGUCGUUAGAACGCAGAAAGGAUGUCAUUGUAUCCAUCCCUAGAGGACCUUAAAGUGGACAAGGUCAUUCGGGCACAAUCCCAGUUUGCCAAUGCCACCUCCAGCACCCCAGCCAUCACUCAGGGGGUUUACCAGCCACAGCCUGCCACACAGGGGAUGCCAAGCUCAACUCUGUAUCCCAAUCUGGAGGAGCUGGGUGACUAUAUGGGCCUCCGUCUGAACAGCGAUGAGGUCCAGAGAAACCUUGCGCUGGUCCCGGUGGCUGACAAUCAAGUGGCAGUGCCAAGUUCUGUGGGUGGCAUGGUGCGGCCCGUGACCGGUGCAGACAUGGGUAUCAGGAGGGCAGAGAUUCAUCCAGGUCUUCGGGAGGUCAUCAUCUGCAAAGACCACGAAGGAAAGGUCGGACUCCGACUCAGAGAUAUCGAUAAUGGAGUGUUUGUCCAGCUGGUGCAGGCGAACUCUCCUGCGGCGUUGGGUGGCCUGCGUUUUGGAGAUCAGGUUCUGCAGAUCAAUGGGCAGAACGUUGCUGGCUGGAGCUCAGAUAAGGCCCACAAAGCUCUGAAGGCAGCAGCUGAACAGCGCAUCGAGCUCAUUGUCCGUGACAGAACAAUGAGGGUCAAGAGCGAUGUGUUGCAGUGA